AAUAUAGGUGGAGGAAGAUAGGCGGUUGUCGAGUCCGAUGGGAAGGAGACGGUGAUGGUUGAGCCUUUAGUAGGACGGGAGCCCGGGACACUGUUUAUCUUUAAUAAACUCAAAAGUUAACCUAGAAGAUCAACCAAAUGAACUGAUGUUAAGAGAUCACACAUUACUGUCAAAGAAACUAAAUAACCCACCAGUCAGCUCUCCAAGCAAGAACACUCAAUCUUUCCAUAUAUAGCCCUCCGAAAAUUGCUUUGCUCAACAAUAUAGGUGGAGGAGGUUAGGCGGUUGUUGAGUCCGAUGGGAAGGUUUGGAGAGACGACGAUGGUUAAUCGUUCAGUACGUAGGUCGGGACACCAUUUAGAAUUAUUUACAUUAGUUGCGGCUUUUCAAUCCGCAUUCGGCAAACCAACAUCACUUAACCUUUCCAUAUUUACCCCUCACUUAAAGACACAUGUGCCACAUAUUCACUCAAAACUUCUAUGUUCAAAAAUAUUGUUGCUUUUUGGUAUUUAUAUUAUUUAAGUAUGAUGUGCAUUAUUUGCACCAAUGACAUUAGGCUUGCGAUUUUAAAAUUAUUCUCCUUUUAUAAGAUAAAGAGAAAUAUAAUUAAUUUUUAAACUCGAAUUAAAAUAAUCAAAGUAUGAAAAUAGAAGUACCAAAUACCCAAAAAAAAUAUUUAGGGGAGAGUUAGUGGCUUAGCUAAUUGUGAUGUAAAAUUCCAAUAAUUUUUCAGAUUUAAGCUUCCUGUAUGUUUUUUAUCUAAAAAGUUUAAACAAAUUUGUUUAGUGUAACUGGUUAUGUUUCUUGUCUUUUCUCAAAGAGACAAAAUUCAAAUCCGAUCACUUAUGUAUUUUUCCUGUGAAUAAGAAAUAAUAAAUGACUGUGAAGACGAAUCUACCCUUCCUACUUUUGUUAUGGAGGCUGGGAUUUUGUAAUGGGGGAAGCACAUUUCCCAUUUCACUCUUAUAUUAGGUGUAGCGAAAGUAACCUGGUGGUUGAGUGUUUAGUGGGUGGAAACUAUUUGGGCCUAUUUACAUUAUUAGCACAUUUUCCAUUUGCGUUGGGCAAACCAACAACACUCAAUCUUUCCAUAUUUACCCCUCCAAAAAUUGCUCUGGCUUAACAAUAGAGGUAGAGGAGGUUACCCGGUUGUUGAGUCUGAUGAGAAGUUUGGAGAGACCGCGAUGGUUGAGCGUUUAGUGGGUCGGAGCACUAUUUGGACCCGUUUACAUUAGUAAUGUCUUUUCCAUCCGCGUUUGGCAAACCAACAUCACUCAACCUUUCCAUAUUUACCCCUCUCUUAAAGACACAUGUGCCCCAUAUUCACUCAAAAGUUUUGUGUUUAAAAAUAUCGUUACUUUAUGAUAGUUAUAACAAUUAAUUUUAUGUUAAGAAUUCUACAUCGCUUCUACACAUUCAAGAGUGCAAUUCAAUAUAUGCAACAUUUGAAUCAAUGACACUUGAGAGCACAAACUAGUAUCCAUAUAGCACUAACUAGUAUUCUGGCAUCAUAGAACUAGUAUCUAGACUCAAAGAAUUACCAACUAAAGCAAAUCAAUUACGAACUAAUAUCUACAUUAAAAACAACUAGUAUUCAAGGUUUGCUAAAUGAUAUCCAUCAUGAAAACAAUAUGGAUUCCACAUUCACGGACUGAUAUCCAUAUAAUAGAGAAGAUUAUCCAUACCGCAGAGAACUAGUAUUCAGAAAAAAAAACAUUUAUGAAAUGGUAUCAUGUCAUUAAAUAGCAACGAUCUAUAAAAAACCUAGAAAGGCAAUACAAAAAAAACCCAAAAAACAAAGAAAUCCAAAAAAAAUAUUACAAUCGUGGGAGAGAAAAAGCCCACCACGGAACAAAACCCGCAUAUCAUAUCUCUAUUAGAGUAACUUCAAGCUCCAAUGAUCUGUAGAUGAGCUAGACCAAAUCAGAUCAAAAUUCAUAGAGAGAAGGAAGAUCAAUGUUUUCAAAAUAAAGAAGAGAGAGAGAAUCCCUAAACAUAGAUAGAUACAUACUAGUAUUUUCAUUUUGGAUACUAGUUCUCUCGGGUGACAUGACUAUUAGCCAAAAAGCCACCAAAAUUCACUUAAAUGAGAUGAGCCCUUUCUUGAACCACUAAGCCCCAACCCUUGGAUCUUAACUCCACCCGCAUAACCUCCAUCUUCACCGUGUGAGUAUAUACUCACAAAAAAGGGUGUGAGUAGGACUGGAAGUUUGGUACCGGUGUUUGAGAUAUAUCGAAUACCAUACCGAAUUUAUCGAUAUAUUAUAUUACCGAAUACACAUAUUAUUUCAUGGGAUUGAGAUUCAUAUUGCAUUUCAAGUGCUAUUCGGUAUUAGGGUUUACGGGAUUGGCAUCGAUAUUAUACCGAAAUAUAAGCUAGUGUGCGUUAUCACUCCCUACUAGGCUCCUUCAUUCACUUCUACCAACCCCCUCAACCACCACUCCACCAGGAUGGUCAGUUAAUUACACAUAGAUUACUCUCUCGCUAUUUGACAACCCAUAUCAUGCUUAUUUUCUUACUUGUUAGUAUGUUUAUGAGUUGUUUAGUCGUCUCAUGUUUCAGUUUGUUAUUUUAGUUUGUUAAUGUGCUUUUUAGACAUCACAUUUUUCUACUUUGUUAUUAUUAUACUUGCGAUUUUUUCUCAUUUAUUUUUACAAGAGUGUUGGCACCAUUUAUUAUUUUUUUAUAUAUUUUAAUAAUGGUUUCUGGCGUGGUUGACAAAGGAGAAUUAUUUGUGUUUAUAUACCCUAUGUUUGGCCCGGCUUUUAGAAGUGCUUUUCGGGUUCAAAAGCUGAAGCAGGGCCAAACACCUGUAAAAGCUCGGCUUUUGAAAAGCCGAAAAGCGCUUUUGUAUAACAUAAAAGCAGAAGCUCCGAUUUGGAGCUUCUGCGAAAAGAUGUUUUGAAAAUACAAGAUUAUCCUUACCAUAUUAUAAUUUUAUUUAAGAAAAUAUAAUUUUUCUUCAUUUAUAUCAUUUUAAAAAUAAAAUAAAUUAUAAAAUCAUAUUAUUUAAUAUAAAAGAAAUCUAACAAAAUCCAUUUUGACUACUUUUUAUUGUUUAGAAUUUUUAUUUUUAUUUUAUAUUAUAAGUUCUUUAUAGUCAUUUUACAUAAUCUCUCACAUUAAAAAAUACUUCUAAUAGUUUUACAGCCAAACACUCAACUGUUUUUUUUUUUUUUUUUUGAAAAGUACUUAUCUAAAAGUUCCAGCCAGAAGCUGCUUCUGCAAAAGUUAUCGCAAGUCCAAGCUAAGCUAUAUUGGAUUUGUGAUUUUCAAGGGAUUUAGCUUGAUAUUUGGUACAUACCGAUACCAAACAAAUAAUUAGGAAUUGAGAUUGGGACUAAUGACUCGAUUCCCGGCCUCCCCCAACUUGACUUGACUGGGCUGGGCUUCUUCUUUCACAAACGAGCUACGAAUGCCAUCUUCUUCCCCUAUUUCAGGGUGGCCCAAGCUGUCAAAACAGAUUCUGGGCUUUAAUCCAAUUAGGGGGCCCUUCGGAUCCUGGUUGGUUUAUAACCCUACCUAAACUUGGAGGACCUUUUAGUAAUUCACAAAUUCUUCGUGCCUAAUAUAUAAUGCACAAGCAGCAUAUGACCGCAAAAAGACUUCUGCUCAAAACCCUGCUUAAAGCCCUAGUUUGCCUCCUCCGCUACGGCGCUACCAUUCCUUCCAAGGCGCUGAACGUAGGUAGGUUUUCCCCAUGGAGCCUUCCUCCUUUUUUUUUCAGUUCCCUUACAAAAUGAAGAUCCUGUUGAACAUGUGGUAGUCAUUAGUGGUUCACGACUCUGUUUCUACUUCUCUGUAAUCUCUUCUUUGUGGUGUUUGAAGAAAGUCGGGACCUCUUUUGUCGGUCCUCUCCUUUACCCAUUUAGGUUUUUAAGCUUUUGAGUUGCUUGGCGAAUCAUUACUGGUUCACGUUUUCUGGGCUCCUGGUUUUCGUAUUUGGGGCUGCGGGUUUUAUUUUUCUUCUUCUUCAUUUGAGCUGCUGGUUGUGAAUGUUCAAGUUGUAAACAUAGUGAAAAAUUAUGUCUUUGUGUUCAUAUGCAGGAUUAUUUAGGUUUUGCUAAAGAAGAUGUUGGUGUUGUUCGAGACUCCGGCGGGCUUUGCGCUUUUCAAAGUUUUAGAUGAAGGAAAGCUAUCCAAAGUUGAGGACUUGUGGAAGGAGUUCUCGAGCUCGGACUCUGCGAGAAAGGUGGUGAAGCUGAAAGCCUUUGACAAGUUUGACAACACGGCUGAUGCUCUAGAGGCAGCGACCAAAAUCAUCGAUGGCUCGACCACGAAAGGUCUUCGAAAAUUCCUGAAAGCUCAUUGUGAAGGCGAGAAAUUGGCUGUGGCUGACUCGAAGCUGGGAAAUUCAAUCAAGGAGAAAUUGAAAAUCGAUUGUGUUCACAACAAUGCUGUCAUGGAAUUGAUGAGAGGUGUGAGGAGUCAGUUAACAGAACUUAUAGCUGGUCUGGCGAACCAAGAUCUGGCACCAAUGAGCCUUGGUUUGUCUCAUAGCUUGUCUAGAUACAAGCUGAAGUUUAGCGCUGAUAAGGUUGAUACUAUGAUUAUUCAAGCUAUUGGGUUGCUUGACGAUCUUGAUAAGGAGCUUAAUACUUAUGCAAUGAGAGUCAGGGAAUGGUAUGGUUGGCAUUUUCCAGAGCUGGCCAAGAUUGUUCAAGAUACCAUUGUCUAUUCUAAAGUGGUGAAGUUUAUGGGUUUCCGUGAGAAUGCUACAAAACUUGAUUUCUCUGAGAUACUAACUGAGGAGGUUGAGGCAGAAGUGAAGGAAGCAGCCAACAUAUCAAUGGGGACUGAAGUGAGUGAGCAUGACCUUGCAAAUGUCAGGCAGCUCUGUGACCAGGUCCUGUCUCUAUCCGAAUACAGGGCCCAACUGUACGACUACCUGAAAAGUAGGAUGAACACUGUUGCACCUAAUUUGACUGCUCUAGUCGGAGAGCUUGUUGGAGCUCGGCUAAUUGCCCAUGGAGGUAGCUUGAUGAAUCUCGCCAAGCAGCCAGGGAGCACAGUCCAGAUUCUUGGAGCAGAAAAGGCCCUAUUCAGAGCUCUGAAGACAAAGCAUGCCACACCUAAAUAUGGGUUGAUUUACCAUGCAUCCCUUGUUGGUCAAGCGGCACCUAAGAUGAAGGGGAAGAUUUCUAGGUCACUUGCCGCUAAAGCUUCUCUUGCUAUUCGAUGUGAUGCUCUUGGAGAUGGUCAGGAUAACUCCAUGGGACUAGAGAACCGUCUUAAGCUGGAAGCACGAUUGAGGAGUCUCGAGGGCAAGGAAUUAGGACGCUCUGCAGGUUCAGUUAAGGGGAAGCCGAAGAUUGAGGUUUAUGACAAGGAUAGAAAGAAGGGAGCAGCUGGAAUGAUAACUCCUGCAAAGACGUAUAACGCUUCUGCUGAUGCUGUUCUUGACCAAACACCGAAAUCGGUUGGAGAGGAGACUGUUGAAAAGAAGAGGAAGAUAGAUGAGGAAGCUCCCGCUACUGAAGAGAAGAAAGACAAGAAGAAGAAGAAAAAGAGCAAAGAUGUGGAAGUUGCUGAAAUCACAAAUGGAGAUGCUACUGGCGAAAAGAAAGAAAAGAAGAAGAAGAAGAAAGAAGCUGAAGCUGAGCAGAAUGACGUUCAAGAUGGUGAGAAGAAGAAGAGGAAGCGGUCUUCAGAGCCAGAGGAAGCUACAGAGACACCUACUAGCAAGAAGGAUAAGAAGAAGAAAAAGAAGAAGAGCGAAGAGUGAGAAUGUGCAGACCCUUGAGCUUCCUGGACAUGGAACUUCUUGCUAUGGUGAUUAUAACAAUUUUGGGUAAAUCGGGAAUGGAAGUUAUGAGAGUCUUGUGAGGCAAGAGGUCUACAUUUGGGAACUUCCGUGUGUUUUAUUGCAUCGUUUGUUCUGCUUUUGUGUCUAGAUUUCUCUGGACUGUUUGUUAUAACUUAUUAGUAAAACGAUGUUAGCAUCUAGAAAAAUGCUCAGAUUGUGUUAAGAAAAUCCCCAUUUUCUUGCUUCAAGAGGCAAACGUCUCGCAGUCUUGGUUUAAUUCUGGUUUCUACUGUUGUUCUAACGCCUCAACUAUAUUUGUCGAGGGUUUGAUUGCACACCGAGAAAUGAAGGGUUGGUCAAAAGUUGGGGUUAAUUGCUUAAAUCGUCUCACUGAACUUCGAAUGUGACAACAUAGUCACUAGCCCUUGUUAACAAAACCCGAUCCACAGGCUCUCCGCAGCAGCAGAAGUUUCCGGCGAGAAUGCAAAAAUGAAAAGGGGAAGGGAUCUCUUGUUUACUGGGUGGGCAGGGCUUAGGUUAGGUCUCGUGUAAUGGUACGAUUAUACGACCGGAAUUUUGCAGGUCAAAGUUUAAUACUUUAUAUAUAUGUAGGCAAAAGACAGAUGAGACUGGGUAGGCUAUUAUUUGGAUGAUUAGAUCGCUUGGUUUCGGAUGGGCCAUUAAUAAUGGCUAAGGGUGGGU